UGCAGACUCCCCCAAACCCCGACCGCCGGCCUGGCGCGCGGCUGCGCCCACCGGCUCCGCGCUGCCGCCGCCGACACCGCCGCCGACACAGCCACUGCCGCCGUCCCGCAGAUCCGCCGUCCCGCGGGCCUCCCAGGAUAGUGCCCAGCACAGCCUGCCCCCGCCCGUAGCCUUGGUGCGCCCCGGCCGGGCGUGGAUGGAGGGUGCCGCGCGCGCUGCCCGCUGCUCCGCGUGACGCGGGCCUCGCGCCCCGCGCCCACCAUGUCCUACCCGCAGGGCUACCUGUACCAAGCGCCUGGCUCGCUGGCGCUCUACUCGUGCCCCGCGUACGGCGCCUCCGCGCUGGCCGCGCCGCGCAGCGAGGAGCUGGCGCGCUCGGCGUCCGGCUCCGCGUUCAGUCCGUACCCCGGCUCGGCGGCCUUCACAGCACAGGCGGCGACCGGCUUCGGCAGCCCGCUGCAAUACUCGGCAGACGCCGCCGCUGCAGCGGCCGCGGGCUUCCCGUCCUACAUGGGCUCGCCAUACGACACGCACACCACCGGAAUGACUGGCGCUAUCAGCUAUCACCCAUAUGGCAGCGCGGCCUACCCAUACCAGCUCAACGACCCUGCGUACCGCAAGAACGCCACGCGGGACGCCACUGCCACUCUGAAAGCCUGGCUCAACGAGCACCGCAAGAACCCGUACCCCACCAAGGGAGAGAAGAUCAUGCUGGCCAUCAUCACCAAGAUGACCCUCACGCAGGUCUCCACUUGGUUCGCCAACGCGCGCCGACGCCUCAAGAAGGAGAACAAAAUGACCUGGGCCCCGAGGAACAAAAGCGAGGACGAGGACGAGGAUGAAGGAGAUGCUGCCAGGAACAAGGAAGAGAAUCCGGACAAGGCUCAGGAUGGCACCGAGACCUCGGCCGAGGACGAAGGGAUCAGUCUGCACGUCGACUCGCUUACGGACCACUCGUGCUCGGCGGAGUCAGAUGGGGAGAAACUGCCCUGCCGCGCCGGGGAUCCCUUGUGCGAAUCGGGUUCCGAGUGUAAGGACAAGUUUGAGGACCUGGAGGAUGAGGAGGAUGAGGAAGAUGAGUGCCAGCGGGACCUGACGCCUCCCAAGCCCGUGACCUCCUCGCCACUCACGGGCGUGGAGGCACCCCUGCUGAGCCCGGCACCCGAAGUCGCUCCGCGCGGCGGCAGCGGUGGUGGCAAGACGCCCCUAGGCAGCCGGACGUCGCCUGGAGCGCCGCCGCCCGCCAACAAGCCCAAGCUGUGGUCGCUGGCCGAGAUCGCCACUUCGGACCUCAAGCAACCAAGCUUGGGCCCGGGUUGCAUACCUCCGGGUCUGCCAGCUGCCGCCGCGCCCGCCUCAUCUGGAGCCCCUCCGGGAGGCUCGCCCUACUCAGCCUCUCCGCUGCUGGGCCGCCACCUCUACUAUACGUCGCCUUUCUAUGGCAAUUACACAAACUACGGGAACUUGAAUGCCGCGCUGCAAGGCCAGGGCCUUCUGCGGUACAACGCGGCGGCCUCCGCACCAGGCGAGACACUGCACACUGUGCCCAAGGCUAGCGACGCGGGCAAAGCAGGCUCGCACCCGCUGGAGUCCCACUACAGGCCUCCGGGCGGCGGCUACGAGCCCAAGAAAGAUGCCAGUGAGGGCUGUGCGGUUGUUGGCGCAGGCGUCCAGCCCUACCUAUAGGAGGGCCAAGCUCAGCAGUGCAAGUAAGUGGGUUCCCUUUGCGUCCUCCAGCCCCAAACCUGUGCCCUGUGUAGUGUGGUGCGGUUUUGCUUGUCAAGAGUUGCUUGUCAGCUUGUCCAGGGCUUCCUUCUGGCCUCUUUGCCUUCUAUUUUAUAGAUUUCGUUUCUACUCAAGUUCUGCUUUGAAGAAUCACUUAUUUAAUCAGAAUUCAUACAUGCACGCACAGAGGAGCACACAUACAUAUCCUCAAACGUAUAACAUAUACCUCACCACUACUGCUGUUGGCUGAUGAUGGUUUAAAUGAUCCGGGCAUCUCUGUGUCAUUGAGAACUGUUUUAGAUGCAUAAAGGAUGCCUUGCUUGAUGAGGGAGUUGUGCAGAAACUCGGGCAUUAAAGCCUGCAAUGGAUGUUGUUUUCAGAAUAAUAUUCUGAGAAACCAGGGACUGGCCUUCCAUAGGACACACUAGAAUCUAUAGUGCUCCUAGCCCAGAGCUGUUACAGACAUUAUUUCCCUGCUGGGCAGCAUUACUAGGCCUAGACCCUAAAGAUGGCAAAGAGGCAGAGCCAGUAGCUACAAGCUUGUGUUUUUUGAUAACGUGGAACUGAAGAAUUUGGCAUGAUUUGGUUUUUUCCUUGGUCCACAGGUAGGUGUCACAAUUGCUUUGGAAAAAAAUAAAAAUAAAAGUCAGGAGGACAUUCUCCUUUCCCAAGCUCAUAUGUACACAGAUACAAACCCCAGAUGUGGAAAUCCGGACCACAUCUUGUGCCACUGUAAGAGCGGAUGCACCUCGCACUUCCAACCCACAGACUCUGAGGACUGGACACAAGUUGUUGAGCAUAUGUGAAUUUAUUGGCAUAGUAUAGCUUCCCCAUGUUUGUGUGACUUUUGGAAACAAUCGGUUUUUCCUCAGGAUAUCUUGAUCACUUCAUUGCCACGGUAUAUAUUCUAUAGGCGUGCUAGGACUUGCUGUGAAAUUUAUUUGUAAAAAAAAUAAAUAAAUGUACACGGUAGAACUAACGUGAUUGAAGAACUUGAGUCCUUCAGAAGUGGAAACAAAUUUGAUAUUUAUUUUUAUAAUGAUAUAAAGCUUCUAGUAAUUUAUGCAAGUUGUAUUGCAAUGAAAUCUAAAACUUUUGUAAAUAAAUUCUGCCUGGUUUUUAUUUGAACAUUGCUGGUUAUACAAUCUCUGUUGGUUGUUUAACAUGAAUUCUCUACUAAUUUAUAUCUAAAACUGUAAAUAAAAACAAACUAGCCUACAAGAAAAUGGUGUUCAGGGCUCGUUUUUACUAAAAAGUGAUUUGGAUAAGGGUCCUAGUGGUGCCCCAGCCCCCAGGUGAUCCUAAGUCGUUUUUUAAAUGAAGAGCCCAGUGAAAUAAACUUCUUUCUUGGCCUUAUUUGAAAAUUACAGACAGAAGAGAGCAAUAUAAAUGUGUAACAGGGUGAUACCUAUGGUUCUGUAUUUACAAAGAAACACGCUGCAAGAAAAUAAUUCAGAUUUUUUGUCCUCUGAAUAUGCAAAUCCGUCCUUAGUGUAAAUUUCUA